AUGUCGGGCAGAACAAUGAGACGGCAAGUACUGUUGUGUUCCUUGGCUCUUUAUGUCAGUUCAGUGCUCGGCCAAGUCAGCUACUCCAUUCCCGAGGAAAUGCCUAGUGGCUCUUUAGUCGGUAAUAUUGCUCAGGAUUUAGGUUUAGAUAUAAGACGUCUGAAAUCAGGUAAAGCUCGGGUUUAUACAGGGGACAGUGCGGGAUACAUCGAGCUAAAUAGAGAACGGGGGUUGCUCCUCAUUAAAGACAGAAUAGACAGAGAAGCGAUUUGCAGGCAGACUACACCUUGUGCUUUACAUUUUCAGAUCAUUUUGGAGAGCCCAAUGGAGUUUUACAGUAUUACAGUCGAGAUUACAGAUAUCAAUGACAAUCCUCCGACCUUUGAAAAAAAUGAAGUCAGUUUUAAAAUCAGCGAAUCGGCUGUAAUUGGAGCAAAAUUUGCAUUAGAUAGAGCAAUAGAUCUAGACGUAGGCAAAAAUGGUCUUCAAAAAUACGAGCUUAAACCUACCGAUAAUUUUGUGCUUAAACGAGACAGUCAGGGUGAUGGAACAGAAAAGGUUGAAAUGGUUUUACAGAAACCUCUCGACAGAGAGAAGGAAGAGCUGAUAUCUUUGGUUUUAACGGCAUUUGAUGGAGGAGAACCGCAAAUGUCAGGAACAAUUCGGAUUUUCAUUACAGUGUUAGAUGUCAAUGAUAAUGCGCCUGUUUUUUCACAGUCCACUUACACAGCCACUGUUCUUGAAAAUGCUCCAGAAGGUACUGUUGUUACCAGUGUUAGUGCGUCAGAUGCAGAUCAUGGAACAAAUGGUAGAAUAAAAUAUUCCAUUACAAACAGUUUAGAUCAAGCCCAUGUGCUGUUUCGGAUUAACGAAACCAACGGUGAAAUUAGAUUGAUUGGAAAAAUUGAUUAUGAAACUGCACGGAAUUAUCAUAUCAACAUACGUGCAAGUGAUGAUGGUGGACUUACAGAUUCAUGUAAAGUCAUAGUUGAAGUGGUAGACAUAAACGACAACAAGCCAGCGAUUAAUAUGAUGUCAAAGUCAAAUAUCAUAUCUGAACACUCUAAACUGAAUACUGUUGUUGCAAUGAUGAACGUUCAAGACCCAGAUUCAAAUGAAAACGGCAAGGUUCACUGUUUUAUCAGUGACAACACUCCCUUGACUAUAGUUUCAACAACGAAUAAUUUCUAUAGCCUCGUAACAGACAGUGAAUUAGACAGAGAGAGGGCAUCUGAAUAUAAUAUAAGUGUGACCUGCUCUGAUGAGGGAGUGCCCUCCCUCUCCAGCAGCGUCACUCUCACCUUACAGAUCUCUGAUGUAAAUGAUAACGCACCUGUCUUUGAGAGGAGCUCAUAUGAGGCCUACAUUGUAGAAAACAACACACCAGGCCUCUCUAUAUUCACAGUGAAAGCCAGAGACGCUGACUGGAACCAGAAUGCCCGUGUUUCUUACAUACUGGAGGACUCCUCUUUUAACGGAGUACCAGUCUCCUCAUAUGUGUCCGUUAGUGCUGAUAGUGGAGUCAUCCAUGCAGUUCGCUCUUUUGACUACGAGCAGAUCAAAGAUUUCCAGUUCCGCGUCAAAGCGCAGGAUGGAGGCUCUCCUCCACUCAUUAGUAAUGUGACAGUGAAAAUAAUGAUCCAGGACCAGAACGACAACCCCCCUCAGGUUCUGUACCCAGUCCAGACUGGUGGUUCUCUGGUGGCUGAAAUGGUUCCUCGUUCAGCAGAUGUGGGCUAUCUGGUGACUAAAGUGGUGGCUGUGGAUGUGGACUCUGGACAGAAUGCCUGGCUCUCCUAUAAACUGCAGAAAGCCACAGACAGGGCGCUGUUUGAAGUGGGCUUACAGAAUGGAGAAAUAAGAACUAUCCGCCAGGUGACUGAUAAAGAUGCUGUGAAACAAAGACUGACUGUUAUAGUGGAGGACAACGGGCAGCCCUCUCGUUCAGCUACAGUCAUUGUUAACGUGGCGGUGGCGGACAGCUUCCCUGAAGUGCUGUCAGAGUUCACUGACUUUACACACGACAAGGAGUACAAUGACAACCUGACUUUUUACUUAGUGUUGGCUCUGGCUGUAGUUUCCUUCCUCUUCAUCACGUGUUUAGUGGUUAUUAUAUCAGUGAAAAUCUACAGAUGGAGACAGUCUCGCAUCCUGUAUCACUCCAAUCUCCCCGUGAUUCCAUAUUAUCCACCACGUUACUCAGACACUUUGGGGACAGGGACUCUCCAACACGUGUACAAUUACGAGGUGUGCAGGACAACUGACUCCAGAAAGAGUGACUGUAAGUUCGGCAGAGCCGGUAGUCAAAACGUGCUGAUAAUGGACCCCAGUUCUACAGGGACGAUGCAGCGGAUACAGAGUGAAAAGAGCAUCCUGGAUGAACCAGACUCUCCUCUAGAGAAAGGGCCGCUAUUGGCCAGAGUGUGGCAGUCUUCGAUAGCACUGGGAACUGUACCUCCCCCUUAG